CUUCUUUGACUGUGUUUUAUACAUCAGUUUUGAUGGAGUAACUCAGUACUUUAUUAAGCAGUUGUGUCUGAUGAGGAAGUCACACUGUGAGGUCUAUUAAAUGCAGGACAGGAAGAAACUUUACCUGCUACAAACUCAGCACUUCAAAAGCAAAUGACCACAUACAAAAGAUCAAACCGUGUUUCUAUAGAAAUCAGACCGCAGCAGGUUUCAGUUUGACUCAGAUGAGCUGCUCAAGAUCCACUGUCCUGCAGAGUUUAACUCCAACCCUGAUCAAACUCACAUGCCUGUAUAAUCCUGAAGACCUCGAUUCACUUGUUCAGGUGUGUUUGAUUAGGGUUGGAGCUAAACUCUGCAGGAAAGUGGAUCUCGAGAGCCAGUUGCUGACCCAAGCUGGCCAGUUGCGAGUUGAGGACCCCUGCUCUAGAGUCACACCUCUGUAAUAGUGGUAAAGUGAGAUGGCACAUGUUUUUUUACUUUUCUGCUUUGUUUUUCCAUACACAGUAAUUGAUAUUUGGAUAUUCAGUUGAACUAUACAACCAUUUUGAAAUCAAUAAGCUCUUUUUUACCAUGUAAUGCAAACAGAUUCACACAGUGUUCUUCUACUUUUGCAUAUUAAUAUUAGACUACACUACAUUAUCAAUGUAAAAUGAUAAAAGAAGAAUUAUAUCCCCACUAUUAAAACAGUUAAAAGUUUUAAUAAGAGCCAGAAGAACAUCUUGUAGCUACAGUCAAAGUGACGUGUUCAGUCAGUCUUUGUUGUGGGAGGAUUCACACCAUCUUGAAUGUUUCCAGAGAACAGUCUAUUCAGACUCUGAGCAACAGAAGAAAAUGUUUCACACGUUUUUGUUCUAUUUGUGCUGCUGGAGCCUGAUAGGUGUGUUUGCUGCUGAAACAAAUGAAAUACAGUCAGUGAUGGAGGGAGAUUCAGUCACUCUAAACUCUGAUCUUACUGAAAUACAUGAAGACGACGACAUACUGUGGAAAUACGGAGCUGAAAACUCUCUCAUAGCUAAAAUCAGCAUAGAGAAGCAAAUCUUUUCCACAUCUGAUGGUCCUCAUGGGAGAUUCAGAGACAGACUGAAGCUGGACAAUCAAACUGGAUCUCUGACCAUCACAAACACCACAAUGAAACAUACUGGAGUUUAUGAACUAGAGAUCAAUGGAGCGAAACUCACAACAAAAACAUUCAUUGUUUCUGUCUAUGCUCCUCUGCCUACUCCUAACAUUAUCAGAGAUUGUUCUUCACCAUCAUCUUCAUCAUCGUCAUCAAAUUGUUCAUUGGUUUGUUCAGCUGUGAAUGUGAGUCAUGUGACUCUCUCCUGGUACAAAGGAAACAGUUUAUUGUCCAGCAUCAGUGUGUCUGAUCUCAGCAUCAGUCUCUCUCUACCUCUGGAGGUGGAAUAUCAGGAUAAAAACACCUACAGCUGUGUGCUGAACAAUCCCAUCAGCCACCAGACUCAACAUCUCAACAUCACUCAAUACUGUUAUGUUACAUGUCCAGAUAAAGGUCUACCUUUACUGUACAUAGUGCUGAUCUCUGCUGGAUCUCUGCUGAUUGUUUCUGCAGUCGUGACGUGCUGCAUCUGCAAUAAGUGUAGAAAAAAAGUCCAGACAUGGGAGGAAGACAGAACCGAUUCAGCAUUGUGCAAACCAACAACACGACAAAAGAAAUCAAAGGUGGAGUCUGUGUAUGAAAAUGUUCCCAAAAAAAGAUGACCAAAUACUGGAAUUGAUGUUAGGGUUCCUAUGGGUCUCUGCCUCACACCGUUUGCUUUUAUUUACAUUUAUUUCCCGACAGGAUGUCUAUAUAAGUUAUUGUAUUGUUUAAGAUGUUGUUGAUCUGUAUUAGUUUCAUUUAGUGGUGCACCAUAGUAUCCAGAAACGUAACUAAGCAUUUUAUGGAAAUGUAUAUAACUUUCAUUAUUAAAAAUUGAUCCCAACCUUCACUAUGCUGUUUGUCAAUCAGUUACUGUUACUGGUUUACAAUAUCACACACACACAAAUCCACACUAUGCUGGAUAUUUUGGCAAAUGUAACAUGUGUAACAAAGUCUCUUUAGAGCAGAGGUCCUCAACUCUGGCCCUCGAGAUCCACUUUCCUGCAGAGUUUAGCUCCAACCCUGAUCAAACACUCCUGAACAAACUAAUCAAGGUCUUCAGGAUUACUACAAAGUUGCAGGUAGGUGUGUUUCAGGGUGGGUGAUAUGACCAAAAUCUUAUAUCACGAUAUGAGUAAUUUUAUUUCAUGAUAGCGAUGUACAUCACGAUAUAGGUAUAAUUUUUGCUUUAAUAAGGUUAUAAUAUCAAAGUGUUUGGUACCAUAGAAUCUUCAUAAUUGUCACCAAUGUCAAUAUCAUGAAAAAAACAAAUACAGGCCUAAAAACAAAAAAAGGAAAAACUCAAGCUCACAGAAGAUAAGUAAACAGUCAGUGAUGAAAUAAGAAUAAGAAUCCAAUUACAAGCAAAAAGACAAAAAAAAUACAAUAAAUAAGAAUUGCUAUAUAUAUUAGGGUUCUGUCACUUCGAUCUAUGUAUUUUGGGGUUUGUGACAGAGCUCUCUGUCGUCUCGCACUCAUUGAAGCAAAGUGCGA